UCAAAAUUCAGCAUAUUACUACAGCUAAAAUUAAUAGUCUAAGUUAAAUUCGCCGGUGUUAUAUACGUUUUGUUCCUACAUUUUAAUCUUACGGUAAUAAAAGUACAUUUUCAAAUUGAAAAAUAGUCAUUAAUUGUUAUAGUAUUAAGAAUUAAAUUAAUAGACAUUGCAGUGUAACAUUACAAACCCUAUAAAAGCAGUAACUUUAAUUGUAUAGUAAAUAUAUACCAAUAUGGAGCGUAAAUAUUUAAUUAAUGCUGAGACUUCAAUGACCGGUUCGCAGAGCAAGUCUAUGAGUGACAAAGGAAAAACGAAAUUUAGGAAAUACAAACAAAAGGAAACUUCUGAUAGCAGUGUUUCUGUACAACUCUUAAAACUACCUAAAGAGUUCGAAAAAAAGCCCACAGUCCACGUGCCGCUAUUACAUGAAAAGACAGCGGCAAAUAAACGCAUUUGGAAAUCCAGUACAAGCAGUACCCAGCGCAAAACAGGUUCUGAGGCAACAAACUUGCAUUAUAAGGGCUGGGGUAUCACAUCCCAACGUGAAUAUGGUACUUGCACUAAAAAUGUAGCAACACAGUCAGCACUGGAGAAACUUAAAGAUGAAGUACCAGAAUCAAAAUUCAGUACAUCACUUGAACUUAAUGAUUCUUUCCAUGAACACUCGGAAAAACCAGAACAGUUUCGCGGACUAGAGUGGGCGAAACCACCAAAAGAAAGUUACGUGGCAGGUGCACCAAGAACUGUUAUCGGCAAAUGUCCUAAAAAUAUCGAGAAAAUGGGUAAAUUAUCUUUAGCUAAGCAAAAGUUUUUCUUAACACAAGAUCCUCGAAAAAACCUUUGCUUGGCUAAUCCUGAUGUUUUAUCUUUGAAAUCUUACACAAAGGAAAAAGAGGUUAACUAUUUAACUGAUAUGGUUAAAAAAGCAAAGUUAACGAUUGAACCUGAAGAAAGUAAAUUAGCUGAAACUAAAGUAUGCAAAGUUAUGGAUUUGGUUAAUCCAUUAAACCUAGACUUUCAAGGAGUAAAUUAUAGAGAAACUUUUGAAGGUGAUGAACAGGAUAUACAGUAUCAACGAACCUUUUUAAAAAUUUCUCGCCAUAUGGAACAAAAACGUGUUGCCAAGGAAACUGUGAUUAAAGUUGAAAACGAAAUAAUGGAGAGCUGCCUAUCCAUUCCUCCUUUCUAUGAUGUCAAAAACAGGGAACCUUCUCCUGAACCGGAAAUUGUUCCAGAACCAAAAAAAUAUUUAAAAUUACUCCGUACAGAAGCUAAAGAACUAAAUAAGGAGCGUAUUGAUGAAGAAGACGCACGCCGAUGGGAACGAAAUGAAAAAUUGUACAAAGAUCGUAUGAAACGUAUGGAAAAUGAGCGGAUUGCUAGCAUUGAAAAUGAAAAACAAGCUUUACGCGAUAAGGCUAGAAUGAUUUCGAAACGAAACUUAGCAAAUACUACAGCGGCAAUAAAGAAAGACUUUGAAUAUAGUCUAAAUAUCAAACAGCCUGUAAAGAUAAUCCCACCUGACCACAUACCACAGAAAUACCCGCACACUUUGGUCCAGGCAAGAAAACUAAAUAAGAAGUUCAAAGUUCUUGCUCGCGAAAAGCGCAAUGAAGCACAAAUGAGAAAGGAUUUCUAUUCACAAAAAUUUGGUGUUGUGAAAAAUUAUCCUGAAGCAGACUUAGAAAUCAGUAGUUUAACUGGUGAUAGUAUUGACAUAGAUACCGUUAUAACAGAAGACUCGUCACAUGAUGAAGAUGCUAUUACAGUUGGUAGAGAAAUAGAUGUGUUUAAAGUUAGAGGCUUUCAUUAUAAAAUGGGAGAAAAUGUACGUGGCAAAACACACCAAAUAGAUAAGUUGAAAGGUGCUCAUACUGUUAAGGGAUGUAUAACACGUGAACAAUGGCUUCAAGAAAUAACUACAAAACCGCAAUCUGUUAAAGUUGAUGUGAAAAAACUGCGUACAGAACCGACAAAUCCCGAUGAUCCAAAGCAGGAGCUUUUCUCUUCAUUCUUUGCAUAUAAACCACCUAAAGCAAAGCAUAGUCCCAUAAAGAGAUACCGCGAAAAAAAACUGGGAGACCAGUAUGAACGUACGCUAUACAAACAACUAAAAAUUAUUAAACCACACCUUAAACGCAGAAAGAAGACAUUUAACUUGAUCGGAUUCCUAUAUGGUAAGAAUGCAAAAAUUAAAAAUGUGAAACAGGAAGAAAUUAAAGAGGAAAUUCAAACCACUAUACAAUACAUGCAAGAGAAAGCACUUAAAAAGAAACAAGACGAACAAGAGGCAAAGAAAAGAAUUAUCAGUUUGUUAGGAACAUCAACUCAUAUCAAGGAGUCAGAACCAGUACCACCUUUUUGUGAAAGAACCGAUUCAUCUUCGUCAGAUUGGGUACCAGAAACAGAAGAUGAAGCUGAGGAACUAAAGGAAAGACCUACUGCUUCUCAUUCCUUUAUAAACAGAGUUCAAAUGCCUGCACCAAAGCACCGACAAACAACCACCCGCCGACAUCCACGUAAACCACGUGAAUAUGUUAAGGAAGAUGUUCCACCGGAACUCUUUACAUUAAGAGUCAAAGAGACUGGUAUUCCUCACAUGAGAAAAAUUGGAAAUGAUAAAAUGAAAUAUCAAAAUGUCAGGCUAAAAAACACUCAGUACGCAAAACUAGCACACGCCCGUCAUCAUCACGAUCAUUGGGAACCCACUCAUACAAAACGCGUUAUUGUUCACCACCAACAUGAUGUGACUGAAAUUGAAGAUCCAGUAAGCCACGAUGAAAAAAAUGAUAUUAGUGAAGAGGAUGGACGUAACGCUGAAACGGAAUGUAAAAUAGAGCACGAUUGGGAUGCAACACGUCCUUUCAUAGAUACAGAGGCAAUGCUUGCAGAGCACAGAAGGUUGAAAAAACUGGAAGCAGAAGCAAGAUUACUAGAAUUAGGUCGAAAACCACAAGAGGAUGAAGUUUACCAUACACGUACUGCACGAGAACUGAAAAGUGAUAGAUAUGGUGGUAGGAGAAAAUAUAUCGAAUUUCUGAAUGAACUCGCUGGGGAAUUAAAAAAACAAAAAACUGUUGAAACGAAAAUAGAUCCACGAGAAGAAGAAAAGAGAAAGGCAAUAUAUGCAGAAUUGGAGGAGGAUUUAAAGAGUGUCGACACAUGCCUUUCCUCAUUAGAAAGUUCAGAAUGUACAAAUUUUACUGAUGAUAGUGGUACUUUUAUAAUAAUACAUGGAGACACUAAAGUACCCUUAGACUAUAUCCGCAAAGCAAACGUGCCAUUUGAUGAGAAGAAACAAUCUCUAUUCCAUUUUAAACCAAUAAACCGUGAAGUCGAAGAAGCCAAUCCAUUCAGAGUUGUGCCGUUUUCUGGACAAAAGCACUCCCAACUUGAAAUGGUUGUUCCAAAGGAAAAUUUUCACACAUUUAAUACACGCCUGAGAAAUAGUAUACGAUUGCGUUUAGAGGUGCCAAACAUUAAUAUACGCGAGACGUUAGUUGGCUUCGGAAAUAAACAAUAUCUGCCGCUUGUAGCAACAGAUAUUGAUGAAAACUUUGUAAAAGAUCUGAAAAAAAGUUCAGUGUUUACACAUUUUCGAUUUAAAAGCCUAGGUUCAAUUAUAAAAGAUGGUCUGCGACUCAAAAUACAAUCCAUGGUUAUUAAUGAGUUUAUAGUGAGAUGGGAUGUAAUAAAUCGCUUAAAUGAUAAAUUCUUUGACAAAAUGAAGAAAAUCACAGCACUAUAUGAAAGACUUUUUGAAAAGUGGGAACAACAACAGUAUGAGAGAACCACUUCUAUUGUUUAUCAGGUACAAAGCUAUUAUGAACAAACCGACAUCGUUAAGCGUGAAUUACGUUGGUUGGAACGGCAAUUGCAGAUGAUUAAUUUGGAUAUUGCAUUUAUCGAGGGUCAUUGGAUACGUCUUAUUGUAUUGCAAAAUUUCUUCUAUUUAAUAGCAGAGAAAGAAUGGCGUGAUGAGUUCGAUUGGAUACAUCGCGUAAGCAAUAGUGGAGAGGAGGUUGAACUGGAGAGGUAUGAUAUAUCGAUACAAAAUCGCAACUUCGUUAAUAUUCGAAAACGAGACCGAGAUGAUGCAUGGGCCAUUAAAGAUUUCUAUGAAAAUGUAUACUUACAACAAAACCAUCCAAUUAUAUUACCAUACAAAGACUCUCAGGGCUUAAUCAAAGGUAUAGCAAGUCUGAAAAAGAUGACUUUCAUUGCUCUAUUGGAACUGCACUUAAACUUGGCUUUACACUACGAUAUUAAGUCGCAACUAAUUAAUUUACGUGAUUGGUGCAAUACAGAUUUACGUGAAAAAAUUGAACGAGUAGCACACAAAUGCGCUCGAAAGUAUUUCAUGAUCAGUCGGGCAGAAGAUUUGAGACAACGUGCCACAAAGUUCGUUAAUGAGACCAUGGCAGUUUCGUACUGCGAAGAAGUCUAUGUGACAGAUGGAGCUUAUGUCGAACAAGUUUGGGAAUAUAUAGUUCCACUAAGCAUCAGAGGUGCUAGUAAAAAGAAAGGAGGUGGCAAGAAAAGAGCACUUGCACCAGUUCAGAUGGUUGCAAUGAUGUCAGAUGUUAUUAUUGAUCUAAUAGGAAAAUUUGAAGCAUAUCCAUCAAACAUAAUUCGAGCUUGCGAAAACUAUUUUAGACAAAAAUUACACAAAUUGAAAAAGAUCUCAUAUAAUGCUCAACAGAUUGAGUAUCGUGUGGAAGCUGAACUAAAAGUAUUGCGCAAGAAUAUGGAGCCAUUGGAUCCAAAACAUAGGCCUUGUUGUGCAACUGCAGAGAAGAAAAAGGAGUAUAUUCUUGCGAUACCGAAGAAAGAGCGUCCACCAAAAAUUAUAGAAAAGAAAGUUAUACCCGAUAAAGUAAGGUUCAUGUUUCACGCUUUUCAUGAUGAUACUGAAGAUAUUGAAAAUGUUCCCAAUGCUGGAAUGAGUGUCAUCACAAACCUCGAUAAACAAGUUGCUGUUGAGUUUUACUUCGAUUAUUUUCUUUCGCUUAAUGGUUAUACGCCAAAUUAUAACUUCAAAACUCAAGUUGAAUUACGUGAUGGUCCUGAGAUCAAUCGUAUAAAUGUCGAAGAAGUACUACCCGAAAUUGUAGACAGAUUGGGUAAAUGGGAAGAAACAAAGCAGAAAAUUAUGGAGGAAAGUAUAUUAAGAAAUCGCCAUAUGUACGAGAAUGUACAAUUUUAACACAAAUUUAAAUUUAGCCCUUGUACUGGUUACAUAUAUUUGAUACAUUGGCAUAUAAACAUAUAUUUAAAUACAUUUUUAAUUGUUUAAUAAAUACAUACAUAUAUUUGUAA